AUGAAUGUGUCCAAUUCAAAUGCCGUCUUAAUUCUAACUGCAUAUGGACCUCCAGGACCACUCACUUAUGGAGUUUUCUUUGUUAUAUUCCUGGUUUAUCUUGCCACAGUGUUUUCCAACUUGGCUUUAAUGUUGAUCAUCUUUUUUGAUUCAACUCUCCAUAAGCCAAUGUAUAUAUUUCUGUUCAACUUGGCAAUUAACGGACUGAUUGGGAGCUCUGCUGUGUGUCCUACAAUUAUGCAAUAUUUACUUGAGGAUCUGAAGAGCAUUUCCCUUACAAGCUGUUUACUGCAAACAUUUUUUAUAAAUGUGUAUGCAACUUGUGCAUAUGCAAUUUUAACAGUGAUGGCAUAUGACAGAUAUGUUUGCAUUUGUAAACCACUACAGUAUCACAGUAUCAUGACUCCAACUAAAGUCAGGCUUCUGCUUGCAGUGGUGUACACUUUUCCUCUAUGUGCUUUAACUGGACAAGCCUAUCUUGCCUCAAAGAUGCCUAUAUGUAAACAUAUAAUCAAUAAGCUUUUCUGUGUGAGUUUGGCAGUUGUCAAUCUAGCAUGUGUGAAAUCCACUCUUGAUACAAUGUUGGUUUUAGGGUUGCUUUUUGUUUUUUGUCUUUUCCCUUUGUUUUUUGUGAUUCUGUCAUAUAUCAAAAUAUUAAUUGUAAGCAUCAAUGCAACAAAGACUGCUCAAAUGAAAGCACUAAAAACAUGUGCACCUCAUUUAAUCACUUUCAUCAAUUUUUCCUCUGCUACUUUUUCAUCUGUUAUAUAUAAUAGUUUCUAUGACUAUCUGUCAAAUGAAGUGAGUGUAUUUAUGUCUGUGCAUUUUAUUCUGGUUCCACCACUUCUGCAUCCUCUAAUAUAUGGCAUGAGAACUCAGGAGAUCAAAAUAAGUAUUUCAAAGAUCCUAAGAAAAAACAUUUUUUGCACAAAAUAA